UGCGAGUGGGGAUGGAAUGGGCUAAGCUGGCAACAGGGGUGGACCUUGAAAGGAAGGAGACACCUGUGUCCGGCAGCCAGGGAUGAUGCCAGCCCAGCCGGGGACCCUUCCGCCAUGGUCAGCCGCUCAUGCCCCCCCCCCCCCAGGGCCACAGGAUAGGGAGAGAAACCAAAGAUUAGAAAAUAAGAUUGAGUUGCAGAAUGGGUCUUAAGUAGAAGGCAGAAAGGACUCAGAAUUGGGGAAGCUGCUUUUCCACUGACCUUGGGGCUAGCUGUCAGGGUGGGAGACAGAGCCUCAGGAAAUGCCUACCAGGUUGGACAUGAGAGAUGCUGUGGCCUCUCACCCCAGACCCCCCAAUCAGCUUCCUCACAAUGGGGUUCAUUGCUGAGGUGGGAGGGGCAUCCUAGGGAGGGUACAGCUGGGGCCCUGCUUGGCAGCUAGCCUCUGGGAACCUGCUCUUCCAAGCAUGAACCAUACUAUCGGGCUCCCCCACUCCCAGUGUGCCCUUAGCUCUGCCUGGCUGGCCUAGGGUCCUGGAGGCCUUCUUGGAGCUCAUCCAGCAACCACCAUGCAAGGUGGUGCUGGGGACUGCCCUCUUACUCGGAGGUGGAGGCCUCAUGCUGUGGAUUCAGAGGAAGAGGAGAAGGAAGUCAUCCCCUGAGUCUGCACAAAAUGUGCAGGAGCCACCGGAAUGUCACCAAGCAAAGAAUGAGAACUGGAUUAAAUCUCACUUUAGCCGCCUCUCCGAAGAGAAGCUGGCCGGCUGCAGCAGCGCGGCCGCCCCACCGGCCACGAGCAGCAGUGGACAGGCCAGCACCACCAUUCACGUGGAGACUUUCACCACGAGGCAAGGAGAGGCGGGCACAGCCCUGCGCCGGGAGUCCUUCAGCAGCAAGAAGAGGGUGUCUGGGUCCUCAGUGACCAAAGAGACCCACAAGGAGACCACAAAAUCCUCAUCCACGGAUGAGGCCACGUGGGCUGCUGUGGCUGCCUGUACCAAGGAGAUCGACACCCUAGGACAGCAGCUGGCUAACUCCAUGUUGCAGCGUGCCAUGGCCUUCCAGAACUCGGGCCACCUGGAGUCCAGAGACAUCAACCAGGAGGAGCUGAAGGCCCUCGAGGAUGUGGAGUUGAAGCUGAAAGGGAAUUUCCUCACCCAGCGGGAGACUGCUGUAGCUGGCAUGAACCACACACACACUGUCCAUGGCCAUGGUCACCAUGGCCACCAGGGUCAUCCCAGCCACCUGAGCCACCAGAGCCACAGCCUGCCCAACCGCAGCCACCGGACCUACCACCCCUUUAAAGCCACCUAACCACGGAUGGAGGAGCCCCUUUCCCCCAGCAGGGCUGGCACACAAUUGCAGGCCUGUUUUCUCUCCUGAGAUGCUGCCACCAAAAUCCCUUCCUCUUGAAGGGAAGAUCCUGGCCCCUUGAACUUUGUGAGUACAGUCUGCCAUGGAGGAUGGCCCCCGAUGGGAGUGGAGGUGGAAGGAAGUGAAGCAGCUGAGACAGACUCUCAGACCCCUGAAGACCCUCCAGGAGAAGUCAGACGAGGCAGAGCCCAGGAGCAGCUGAGAGCCCCACGCUGAUGCCAAAUGCCUGGAACUGAACCAAUAAAGCCUUGUAUACCCUCA